GUUGCAUUUUGAUUUGAUGGCCAAGUAAUAACACAACAUGGAAAGGAAGGACGGGUCGCUGUGGCAGCCAAGCGGUGGUGGUGGUGGUGGUGGUGGCAGCGGCAGAGGCAGGCAGCAGCCACGCGAGCGCAAAGAUGGAAGGCGACGCCGCGACGAUCGCAGGAAGAACAAGAAGAAGAAAAACAAGGAACAAGACCAGCCCAUGCUGCUGCUCAGACCAAAGCAACACCAAGUGCAACACCAAAGCCAUGUGCAUGAUGAUGAUGAUGAUGACGAUGACGGCACUGGCAGUGGCACUGGCAGCGGUAGUGCGACACAACCACCAAGCCAGUCCUCUCAACACAGCACAGCAGACAUGCAUUCCCAACACCAGCAACGGCACCAGCAACACCAGCAGGAUGCCGGGCAUCAAACACUUCCCACACGAGCACCGCACUCGGCAUCACCAGCCACGAGGAGCCCUUCGCACCGACCACAGCACCCCCUCAGAACCACGGCGCAGGCGCCAAGAACCCCCGCUUCCCGCGAAAGGCCGCUCUACCGGCUCGAGCGUAUGGCGGAGCGAUCUCUGCAUCGUGGCACCACAGCCGCACAUGCCACGCCCAGUACACAUGCCGGCUCACCGUCCCGCCAGCAUCGUGCCCAGCGCCACCAGCACACCGCAAUCACACCAGAUCAACCACAACCCACGCUUGGCGCAGCGGUGCCGUUACUGGACAGCAAACUUCAAUGGCAAUCAACAGCCCAACAAGCCAUUGCUUCCUCCACAUCUGCACCGCUCCUGGUUGUCGGCGUCUUGGGCCGAUCCGGCGUUGGCAAGUCCUCCAUCCUCUCUCUCCUCGCAGACCCAGACUGGUCCCCAACAGCCUCUGACGCUGCUGCUGGUGUGUUCGAAACGGCCACGCUCGAGUCUCUGCUUGCCUGCAAGCACACAACCAACGGUGUCCAUGUUGCAUCCAUUGCAAGCAACCACAUCCUCAUCGACACGGAGCCACUGCUCAGCCCGUCGCUGCUGUGCGAUCUUGCGAAGCGGGAUUGGAGCCGCCAAGUUCAAAUCACAUCCGUCGAGAUGGCCCUCGAACUCAGAGCACUGCAGGUGAUUGGCUUCCUCUUCUCCGUAUGCCACGUCGUCCUCGUGGUGCAGGACUGGCUGCCGGACCCUGAUCUCUGGAGGCUGGUACGCGCAUCGCUGCUGCUGCAACAGCAGUGCGUUUCUCACCACGAGACUGUCGCGUCGCUGCCACAACACCUCAGACCAGCAGAUCCACAGGCCGCACGUGCCAUCUUCGUCUACAACAAGGCGCCUCGCGAGUUCUUCGCACCAACAGCGGCCGAGCGGUUUGCACGGAGCGUGGCGGGAUUCUUUGCACCCCAGCACGCCGUCGUGCACAGCACCCGGAAUGGUCAUGGCAGGGGUGGUGGAAGUGGUCGUGGUAAGGAUGCUCAGGGUGGCACACAGCAGCAGCGACAGCAGCGACAGAAGACAGACAAGCACCAGCACCACUACCAACAACAACAACAACAACAACAACAACAACAACAACAACAACAACAGCAGCAGCAGCAGCAGCAGCAGCAGCAGCAGCAGCAGCAGCAGCAGCAGCAGCAGCAGCGUGGAGAUGUGCGUGUGGAAUGCGAUGUUGCUGUGUUGCCGCUGAGCGAAGACAACGACUUCCACGGUUAUCUGGGCCACCCUCCGCUGCACGUGUGCGCAUCCGAACUGAGACAACAGGUAUGGAAGCAAGUGUGGGAAGGGCAUGACCUUGUCGACUAUUUGAAACACAAGCAGACAGCCGGCCUCUUUCGAUGA